CAAGGCGCCAGAAAGCGACGCGCUGAAGCGCACACCGACAGCCUACGCCCUGGGCGAUGUGUGCGAAGUACUGGAGACUUUGGGCCCGACGUCCAUCUACCAGCAGGCCGAGCAGGAUUUCAGGCAGCUGUUUGCAAAAGAGGAAACUUUUAGCGGAGCUACAAGCAGCAGCAGUGGAACUACGACCUCAAAAAAUGAUCAAGAACGAGCGACAACAUUGUCCAAACCCGAAGAUCUUUCGGACCGGCUGCAGCCGCACAACCUGCAAACGAGCCGCGAUUUUUGUCGGGAGCAGUGCUUCAUCAUUCGCAUCGUCGAUGGCGUGGUGCACUUGAUUGAGUCGAAAGGCUCGUUUCAGUCACGGCACCAGAUAACGUGGACCCUAAUCCAGCGCGUCGUCGAGAAGUACUGGCAAAAUAUCGAAGUAGACGCGGGACCCGUGGAAGAGAGAAACCUGCCGAGCGAUGGUGUCGAUGAAGUUUCAUCUCUCGAUGCGAGCAGCAGACCUGUUGAGCGGGCAGCUGCAAGAGGUAGAAACUACGACCUCGAACUUGUCAUCGACACCUCAGACGGGUUAAAUACGCCCAGGUGCAAGGCGGACAGUGCAAAUUACUACCCAGAUGGAGAGAAUCUCGCCUCGUCUGGACGGGACGCCGAGAAUACCAGUCAACAUCCACAGCAGGCGAUCGACGAGGCGGAAUGCCACCGGGGCUCCGCGGGUUUGACUCUUCUGUUGGCGAAGCGGUUUCCGGACGGAGCUGGGAUUCUGUAUCCGGAUUUCUCUUUUCACAGCUGGCCCGAGGCGGAAUGUCCCGAAGCGGAUUUGCGCGGCUCGCACGGCUGGGACACGGUUACCCGGGACUUGCUGCAGGUCGGAGAUGCACACAGCUUCGCGGACAAAAUCGACGCGGUCUUUUGGCGGGGCGCGGAUACCAGCCCGCUCAGGCGCGAGGUCGUGAAGAACAUCCACCGAAUAAGGACUGAAUUGGAGACCCACCACCCGGAACUCGAGGGCAAAAUCGAC